CAAUAGAUAUAUAAAGCGCGUAUGAUUUAAUUCAAACAGAAACGUUGUAUUGGAAGAUUGGCGACCAUAUCGACGUAGAAUUUGAAAGAAUUCAUUUCAUUAAAUAUGAAUAAUUCGAAUACCAAAGUAAUAAUAUCGUGGAUAUUAUUGAGUAUCGUGUUUUUUGUUCAUUCGAGUUCGUUGGAGACUGAAGAUCAUCUCGAUGUCAUAAAUCAGUACCCUGACUGUCAAGGAAGAAAAUGUCAAAUCGUCGAAGUAAAAUAUUUAAAAAGGCAAAAACGAUCAGCUGGUGACUUCGAUUUAAAUUUUGAAUUUAUAAUUAAUGGCGAGAGGAAAAUUUUACAUCUAAAAGCAUCGAACGGUAUUCUGGUCAACCCAAAAACUCCAGUAUACUAUGUAACAUCGAACAGGAAUGGACACACUAUUGAAAGAAAAGACAAUAUUUUCAACCCAGGCCUCCUCGGAAUGCAUUUCAUAGACGAAGAAAAAAAAGCGGUAGCUUCAGUAAUAAUUGAUCCUAUAACUAAAGAAGUAGCAAUUAAAAGAGUAUUUAUCGGAACUGAGAAUGUAGUGGUCGAUCAGACAAAUUAUAACGAUAAAACUUAUUAUAUAGCUAGAACCAUUCCUAAUUCAAACACCGACAUUUUGGGAAUUGGAUUAAAUCUUCGGUACGUUCCGAAAUUAAGUUCAAGAAUCCCUGAGACAAUUUAUCCUGAAGUAUUGAUAUGCGUCGAUUAUCAUUUUAACAACGUUUUGCAAGAUAAAUUGAUAACAUAUAUAUUGGAAUUUUGGAACGCAGUUGAUUUAUAUUAUCGUCCAUUACAAAAUCCUCGGUACAAAUUAUCUAUCGCUGGAGUUGUUGUAGCUAUGGAUGAAAAUGUCUUUCCUUUUGCAUCUCCAUCCGCUUGGGGGACAAAUGAUCUAAUUCCAUAUACUUCAUCACUGGACUAUAUGAGUAAAUGGCUCAGAAAUGUUCAAGAAGUAAUUCCGUUUAAUAGCUACGACACUCAUAUUUUUAUGACACCUUAUCUUAGUACUUUCGUGGCCGAAGGACAACCGAUUGGAAUAGCCUAUACCUCCAGUGCUUGUCUUGGUGUAACUGCAAGUAUACCCCUGGGAGGAAUUGUCCAUGAUCCUUUUAAUCUAGAAGGUAUCCUGACUGCUGUUCAUGAAUUAGGUCACGUAUUCGGUGCAGGUCACGAUCAAAAUGGGCCGUGUUCUACCCAUUCUAUAAUGGCGCCUUCAGACGCAGCGGGACAGGAAUUGUGGUCACAAUGUUCAAAAGAAUCAUUUCGCAGCACUCUUAGAAAUAGAGAUUUUAGUUGCAUGUACAAUCGACCUAUUGUGGUUGAAAAUCCAUCAAUAACCGUUCAGAUACCUAUUAAUUUUGAUCCUAAUGAUAAUCAACCAUCAACACUAUUCCACAAAGAAAUAAGUGAUGAUAGAUACCAACUAUCUGUCAGUUUUUCCCAGUUUGCACCGAACCGCGAAAUAAAAGUUUACUACACAAAUAAUAAAUUAGUAACAACUCAACUCCACGACAAAGUUACGGCGUCGCCGUCUGAUCCGAAUGCAAGCAAAGAAGACCUUCAAGGACGUUUUACUGAUGAUCAGAUCAUCAUUUUCAGUCCAUCGAUUAUAAAUCCAUCAAAAUUGGUUAAUAUUUAUCAUGAAGAUGGGUAUAUCUACAUAUAUCAGGGCACUAAACCAACAGGUGACACAAAUGGAUCUCAACAAUCAGAUAAUAACAAUCAAGGAGCUGUUCUAUACUCAGUGGACGACCAACAUCGAUUAUGUUUACAAAGAUCACAUUUUAAUUUAAACAAAGUAGUACAGCUCUAUUACAGAAACAAUUUACUAUAUGUUUCACAGCGUAAUGUUCCAGAUAAUCCUUAUUUGUACAACUCACCUCCUUUUCCUUCUGGGGUGCAAGCCAUACCUGAUACUCAAGUAAUUAUCAUGAUUCCUACUCAGAUAAGUCCUGGCAAGAAAAUUUGUGUAGAGCAUACCGCUAAUAUGAUAUAUAUUAACAAUCUAAAUCAGUAGCCUGCAUCUUAUUAAAACAUCAUCUUAUUAAAAAACAACAUCUUAUUAAAAACAAAAAAAAAACAUUUAAAAAAAAAAAAAAAAAAAAAUUGUUAUUAUUAUUAUCAUUAUUAUUAUUAUUAUUAUUAGUUUACUAAUAAUAACAAUUUUCUAAUGAUAAACGUAAUUUUUAGUAUAAUAACUAUUUAAAUUACAUUAUAUCAUGAAGGUCCUUUACUCCACCGUCCAUGUUACGGUUUUUAUCUUAUUAAUUUUCAGUGUGAUCAUAUUGAUUAACAAGCCAUUGGCAACAAAAUAAAAACACCUGAAAUUUA